AGCUGUGGCCAUCUGUGCAGGGGGGGCUCGUCGCUGUUAAAAUUCACAGGUCACAGUUCGUUCAGGCGUUAUUAGCUAAUUUCACCUCAAAUCUCUUUUCUUCAUCCCUCUGGCGCCGAACAGAACCUACCAGCAUGAAGCUUCCAGUCGCAGUUCUUGCAGUUUUUGCGUCGAUAGCCGUCACUACUGAAGCCACCGUGUACUUCAAGGAACAGUUUGUGGAUGGAGAUGGAUGGUCGAGCCGAUGGGUCGAGUCAAAGCACAAGUCCGACUAUGGCCAGUGGAAACUGAGCGCUGGAAAGUUCUAUGGGGAUGCAGAAGCUGAUAAAGGUAUCCAGACGAGCCAGGACGCCCGCUUUUAUGCCCUGUCGGCCCGCUUUGAGCCUUUCAGCAACAAGGGAAAGCCCCUGGUCAUCCAGUUCACUGUCAAGCAUGAACAGAAGAUUGACUGCGGAGGCGGCUACGUCAAGAUCUUCCCCUCUGACCUCGACCAGAGCAACAUGCAUGGAGACUCUCAGUAUUACAUCAUGUUUGGACCUGACAUAUGUGGAUACAGCACAAAGAAGGUUCAUGUGAUCUUCAACUACAAGGGCCAGAACCACCUCAUCAAGAAAGACCUCAAAUGCAAGGAUGACGAGCUGACCCACCUGUACACACUCAUUCUGAAUCCAGACCAGACAUACGAGGUGAAGAUCGACAACGAGAAGGUGGAAUCUGGUUCCCUGGAGGAUGACUGGGACAUGCUGCCCUCUAAGAAGAUCAAGGACCCAGAGGCCAAGAAACCUAGUGACUGGGACGACAGAGCCAAGAUCGAUGAUCCCAGCGACACGAAGCCUGAGGACUGGGACAAGCCAGAGACCAUCCCUGACCCUGAUUCGAAGAAGCCUGACGACUGGGAUGAGGACAUGGACGGAGAGUGGGAACCCCCUAUGAUCACCAACCCAGAGUAUAAGGGUGAAUGGAAACCUAAGCAGAUUGACAACCCUGACUACAAGGGAGCCUGGGUCCAUCCUGAGAUUGACAACCCAGAGUACACUCAUGACGCCACCAUGUACAAGUUUGAUAACAUUGGAGUACUGGGCCUGGAUCUGUGGCAGGUUAAAUCUGGUACCAUCUUUGACAACUUCAUGAUCACUGAUGAUGUCAAAGAAGCUGAGGAAUUUGGGAAGGAAACCUGGGGAGCUACUAAGGGACCAGAGAAGAAAAUGAAGGAGGAGCAAGAUGACGUGGAGAGGAAACUAAGGGAGGAGGAGGAGAAGAGCAAGAAGGACACUGAGAAGGAAGAGGAUGAGGAAGAUGAUGAUGAGGAGGAGGAUGAGGAGGCAGAGGAAGAUGGCGAGCAUGAUGAGGAGACAGACGAGGACGCUGGGACAGAGGAGGAGGAGAGCGAGGCAAAACAGAAGGACGAGUUGUAGAGGAAAGGACCUAGUUGACUGCUGUGUGCUUCUCUUGACAGGUUUAGACUAACAGCAAAAUUCAGCAAAAGCCCUAUGGACUCUGGCAUUUCUUCCAGCAGCUUUUUAUUCAGGUGUAGGGGUGGGGAAGGGAUGGAAGCUGGGGUCAGGUCAGACUGAUUUUAUAUUGAUUCCCUUGCUUUUUCUAGCCUUCGAAUCAGACAGGAGAAGGGUUUACAUAUGGUUUUUGUUCUUCCUUUUGUUUGUGCGUCUGCUUUGGUUGAGAAUUUUCUAAUUUAUUGUGAUUUACUGAAUGUGGUCUGUCCCAUGGUAUGUAUCCUGCUGUUACUCACACAGUCAGUUCACUUUUCUUGUUGCAUUUGUUGGAUGUCCACUCAAUCAAGGGUGUGUGAUGUAUGGUUUCUACACUUUUAUUUCUCCUGUGUGAUGAGUACUGUUUGUCUUUUAAUUGACUCCCUGUUCAGCCAAUCAUUACAUUCAUUCCCUGUCACUUCCCAAAGCUCUGAUUUUGGACAUUUGCCAUCUGUGUGAUGUGUGUUUGACAGUGGUGACUGCAUUAGACAAACUGUGAUUUUUACAAUCCUCAUAUUUUCAUUGUUCUGAAUGAGUUACUGCUCCAUGGGCACACACUGUGUUUGAGUUUCAGUGAAUAAAUCGAGGCUUCUCUUAA